UAAUCAUGUUUUGACUUUGUCGGUCCAUUUGAUUUUAAGCUUUGACAGUAGCUUAUACUCAGUGUCAUCUUCUAAAGUCAGCUUGCUGGCUAUCAGUCUGUCUAGCCACCUAGCUAGCACAGUAUUUAGGUAGAAAUGGGGGAAAAGCUGAUCAGUAUUAGCUAGCUGGGUGUUUAUAUUACACACAGGAGUCACGAGGAAAACGAUGGCCCAUCAGCAUCACGUUUACCGGGCUACAAAACCGAGGGCUCGUGCAGCUCCUCCAGGAGAUCCCCUUCUUUUUGAGGACACCAGUUCUGGUGUGCCACCCAUGAACAACCAGAACUACUAUGAAUCUGGUUAUAACAUAGGGGCCGGAGUAUCAGGUGGCCAAGGGACCAGUGGAGCGAACAACCUCUUUGCAGAUCCUAUGGCCAGUGCAGCGAUGAUGUACGGUUCCUCACUUGCAAACCAAGGCAAAGAAAUAGUAAACAAAGAGAUCAGUCGAUUUAUGUCUGUGAACAAGCUGAAGUAUUUCUUCGCAGUUGACAGCAAAUAUGUCAUAAAGAAGCUAAUGAUUCUCAUGUUCCCCUAUACGCAUCAGGACUGGGAAGUUCGGUACCACAGGGAUUCUCCACUCCCACCUCGACAUGAUGUCAAUGCUCCAGAUCUCUACAUACCUACAAUGGCUUUCAUCACCUAUAUUUUGCUGGCAGGAAUGGCUUUAGGAAUACAGAAACGGUUCAGCCCAGAGGUCCUAGGUUUGUGUGCAAGCACUGCUCUGGUUUGGGUCAUCAUUGAGGUUCUUGUAAUGUUGCUGAGUCUGUACCUGCUCACGGUGCACACAGAUCUUUCAACCUUCGACCUUGUGGCCUACAGUGGAUACAAAUAUGUUGGAAUGAUCUUCACAGUUCUGUGUGGACUUAUCUUUGGCAGUGAUGGCUACUUUGUUGCUCUUGCCUGGUGCUCUUGUGCCCUCAUGUUUUUCAUUGUCCGCUCUCUCAAAAUGAAGAUCCUUUCUUCGCUGUCUUCAGACGCGCUGGGUGCCGGAGCAAGUGCGAAACCCCGCCUCCGCUUGUACAUCACUGUGGCUUCUGCUGUCUUUCAGCCAAUCAUUAUCUACUGGCUGACUGCUCAUUUGGUCAGAUGACCAGGUGUAAAGGUUCACAAGGAGGAAAAGAACUUUUAAAACAGUACAAAAAGCAGUGUCCGUUGUAAAUCCCAUGACUCCAUAGUUUUCUUUGUCAUUUCAACUGGAAAUAUGGCCUGCCAAUAAUAAUUACAUUUUGCCUGACUUUGAGAACAUACCAUGGGAUUAUUAUCGUUUGAAAAAGUGAUUGCCCAGACUUUUGUUUUCGGGUUUUACAUUUUAAGUAUUAUUGAAAUUGUUGGGGUUUUUUUCUGACUUGAGUGACUGACUCAGUCAUAGGGAAGAAAAGAUCUUGUGACAGUUUCAAAAUAAUCACCUCUCUUUUAAGUUUAAUUAUCCAGUUUGUCCCGUGUUCCUUAUGCCCAGCGUGAUUUUGUGUGGUAUAUUAUAAUAGUGCUAAACACACUCUCUGCUGAGCCAAUGUGCCCUUAUUUUCUAUUUGUCUGUGCAUGAAAAACAGUGUUUUUUCUUAGCGUAAAAUAAAUGGGCAGUUAAAUUUUAAUUAGGUUUGUUGAUAAUUUACUGUUUUUAGGGUAUUGCACACUCCACACCAUACAAGGUCGAGCUCUAAAGAAGAAGAACAGAAGAGAUUGCAUCAUGAAUAUAUUUAUGUAUUUGAUCUCGAUCUAAACUCAUUCCUAAAAAAAACAUCCAACAAAAUACUAUGUAUUAAAACACCUUCCCUUUGUAUUUA